AUGCAGCGUCUCAUUUCUGUAUUGUUUGCUGGUGUGGCGCUGUGCCAGCACACCAUCGACCUUAGCUCCCAGCAAUGGACCCUGAAGGGUCCAAAUGUUACAGUGCCUGGAUCAGUACCCUCUCAAGCCCAUCUAGACCUGUAUGCAGCUGGUGUCAUCGGUGAUCCGCUAUACGGAGAAAAUGACACUGCGCUACUCUGGGUGCAGCGCUCCAACUGGACAUACUCGUCCACUAUUUCAAACGUGCGUCGAGGAAAUGGAUACUCCACAUGGCUUGUGUUUGAUGGCAUUGACACCUUUGCCUCCAUCGAGCUAUGUGGACAAUUCGUUGCAAACGUUGAUAACCAGUUUCGCCAAUGGUAUUUUGACGUGACAGACAUUGUUAAAUCUUGCAAAGACGAUCCCGAACUGAGUCUCAACUUUGGCUCUGCGUCUAAGAUCGUACAGGAAAUUGCGCGUCACGGAGACCCUUUACUGAACAGUGUCGAUGGUGGAUAUACAGAAGAAUUCUGCUGCAAGGAGUUCAUGAGAAAAGAGCAAUCUGACUUUGGCUGGGACUGGGCUCCCAAGAUUGCUCCAGCGGGCAUUUGGCAACCAGGGCGCGUUGUGCAGCUAAAUACUGCAUCACCAGCCUAUGUGCGCAAUGCAUUAAUUGAUAUCUAUCGCAAGGAUCAAAUGAACAACAUUCCUCCAGACCAGUCUCAGCCAUGGGUGUUCAAUGCCAGUCUAGAUUAUCUAGGCUCAUUGCCUUCGGGCGCCUCUUUGGAACUGACGUUGAACGAUGCAAACGGCCAUGACGUUUUGAAGAAACCAUUGGACGAUGUUCACCAUUCAGAAGAUACUAUCACCGGCAGCGUGAUAAUCGAUCCGAGCUUGGUGGAGCUUUGGUGGCCCAUAAACCUGGGCUCCCAACCACUUUAUGACGCGUCCAUCAAGAUUGUCCAUGGCAACAGCUUGAUUGCAGAAGUUAAAAGAAGAGUCGGCUUUCGUACUAUUGUGCUGAAUCUCCUUCCUAUCACCGAGGAGCAGCUCGCUGCCGGGAUCGCCCCGGGCUCCAAUUUUCAUUUUGAGGUCAACGGACACGAAUUCUAUGCCAAGGGCUCCAACCUGGUCCCUCCGGAUGUAUUUUGGCCCAGAGUUAAUGAAACAAAAAUGAAGAACUUGUUCGAGGCUGUCGCUGUUGGGAACCAAAACAUGCUGCGGGUCUGGUCAUCGGGAGCAUACCUUCCGGACUGGAUUUAUGGGAUGGCCGAUGAGAUGGGCAUAUUCCUGUGGUCUGAGUUCGAAUUUUCUGAUGCAGAAUAUCCUGCUAAUGCAAGUUAUCUGAGCCAAUACAAAGCAGAGGCCUCAUAUCAAGUGCGUCGCGUCAACCAUCACCCCAGUCUUGCACUUUGGGUAGGAGGAAACGAGCUAGAACAGAUUAUGCUUGCCUACUUCUUUAGUGCCACCGAUCCUGGCACUUUAUUGCUCGAGUAUCAGCAAAUCUUCAUGGAGCUUCUCAUUGGUGAAGUUUACGCAAACACUAGGUCGAUCAGUUAUAUGCCGUCCUCAACAUACCACGGGUUUUUGAAACUGAACUUCAGUUCCGUUAUGCCUCAGGUUCCACGAUAUCUGAACACAUCGGGCCCCAAUUAUAUCUAUACCGACACUGACGACUACAACUACGAUGCAAGCCAAGCGUUCGAGCUCAGCUCAUACCCCAUAGGCCGUUUUGCCACUGAGUUCGGCUUCCAUUCGAUGCCAUCAGUAUACUCGUGGGAGCAAGCAGUGCCGGCAGAUCAGCUCUCCUUUUUCUCUGACAUGGUCAUUCAUCAUAACCGACACUAUCCGUUUGGCGCACCAGCAAAUGCUACAGAUCGGGAACUUUCCAUUAUGGGACUUGAGGAGAUGACCACGGCUGUGCAGGAGUGGUAUCCGAUCCCGAAUAUGCAAGACAGUGUGGCAAAUUUCAGUGCAUGGUGCUGGACAACCCAGGUCUUCCAGGCAGACUACUAUACUUCUGAACUGGCCUUUUACCGUCAAGGAUCUGGGAUGCCGCAACGCAACUUGGGAUCGUUGUACUGGCAACUGGAAGAUCUAUGGACUGCUCCCACUUGGGCCAGCAUCGAGGCCGAUGGCAGAUGGAAAGUCCUCUUCUAUCGUGCAAAGGACAUCUUCGAGCCGGUGAUCGGAUACCCAUACUACAACACCUCAACAGGCGACUUGGAGGUUUGGGUAACAUCUGAUCUCUGGUCCCCCGUCCACGGAACGGUCAAGCUGACGUGGAUGGACUGGACGGGAAAAUCAAUUUCGGGGUCUAACAGUCCCGUUAGCAAGACCGUUCCUUUCACAGUCGGUGGGGUCAAUUCAACUCGCGUCAUGCAGACCAACAUGUUCCAGGACUACAAAGGCCUCGAUCUCAACAAUACCAUUCUUCGAGUUGAAGUCAAUGGCAAGGGUGUAGCGCCUAAUGACCCUCACGAGAAAGAACAAACAUACGAGCACACAUCAUACUUCCAUCCGGAAUCACUCCAGAAUGCAAAGCUACAAGACCCUGGACUGAAGGUGUCGCACGUUCAGGGUACCACUAACUUCAAGGUUUCUGCCACGAAGGGAGUCGCGGCAUGGGUUUGGCUCGAUUACCCGCUGGGUGUACAGGGAUACUUUUCCGACAAUGGAUUUUGGUUGACUCCGGGCGAGACCAGGAAUAUCCAUUUUACGGUGAAGCAGGACUGGACAGACGGGAAGUGGGAUCUAGCUGUCACUUACAGAAGUAUCUGGAACAACACCCUGACAGAGUGA